GCGUUUUUAUUUUAUUGUGAUUAUGAAAAUUAAUACACUUCAAUAAAUCACUUAAACAUUUUACUAAGAUCUAAUAUAAAUUCUCGAUAAGUAUUUGUUUUAUCAACUGAAAAUCAACAAAUCGUUUAAAAUUCGAUUAUCAAAUUUCAAUUUUCUUAUUAAUUUCAACAAUGUUUAUGCAGCAGAACCAAUUUACAGUUAUUAUACACAAUUAUGUGGCAACCAAUUAAAUUAAAUUAAUAACUGCAAUUACUGUUCGCACACACACCAUCACUGGCACAAGGAAGUCCUUGCACACAAUAUUAGUUGUUAAGUAAUUCUCUAGCCACUUGAAGCGAGUUUCCACUACAAAGGCGAUGAACCAUUCACGAUAUCGAUACGGAAAUACAUUAUGAAUUAUAAUUAGUUGAAGGUAAAUGUGCGCAAGUAAUGUAAAGCCAGGUUAAAAGCACUCUGGUGGAAGGAUUUCAUUAGGCAUUAUCGAUAACCGCCCCAAAGGAAUUGAUUUGGUACGGAUUUUAUUAGUCCGAGGGUUGUUAUUUCUAACGUUGCUUUGCUUAGUUAGGACGAAGUUCCGAAGUUCUGUUUAUGAACUGACUUCUACGAUUUAUAUAUUUUCGAGCUAAUCAUAGCACAGCAAGAUAUUGCUAGAUUUCGAUACGGUUCCCUACUUCUAUCAGAUUGUUCCAAAUAUCAACACAAAACUGUUGUCGAAUUAUUAACGACCAAACAUUUCGAUGAUUUGAUUCGCUGUAAACACGCAUAUUUGUACAAUUCACCUUAGGGAUGAUAAAUUAUAUAAAGCACUGUACUUUUCCCCGGAUUAUUCAUUCAAUUUUGUACAGUCGUGUAUACUAUAAUCGAGAAUGACGGCAGACGAGUGCUCAUCUUCAAUGUCGCGAACCUAUGGUGCGCGCUACCUUGUUGUUACACUCAAAGCAAUCGGACUUUGGCAAUGGACCGGGAACAGCAGUCAUCUUGGAAAUACGGGUAUUCCAUUCUUGCUGAAACUGCAGCGUGCGCAUGGUUUAAUACUGCACGUCCCGAUCUCAUUCACCUUCAUUACGUUAAUGUUUACGGCGGUGUUAUUAUCGCAUGAUCUCGAGGAGAUCAGUAGUGUAUUUCAUAUAUUGCUGACCGAAUUCUCUUUGGUCGUGAAAAUCUUACAUAUUUGGCGACAAGGUAGCGCUGCUUGGCACUAUAUGGAUGAGCUUGCCCACGAGCCCAUGUACGCAUUGCGUCGUCAGUGCGAGUGGACGAAGUGGCAGCGCGCUCAGCGUUCGUUCGCCAUCAUCGCCUACAGUUAUAUACUGGGUAGCCUUGCCGUGGUGGUGUUCGGCUGCAUCGGUGUUAUGUUAACACCGGCUGAUGUCUAUGUUUUGCCCUUCAACUACUAUGUGCCCUUUGAGUGGCGUCAUCCGCGUAAGUACUGGUACGCAUGGGCCUAUAGUAGUCUUGGUAUAUUGCUGACAUGCAUCUCGAACAUAACGCUGGACAUGAUCUACUGCUACUUCAUGUUCCAUCUAUCGCUGUUAUACAAAUUGAUUGGUUGGCGUUUGACCGCUUUGCGACGACCGAAGAGUAUGGGAUACGUUGAUGUGGGUGCGCAAGAUGUAACUAAACAAAUGAUCGAGAUCUUUCAAAUGCAUAUGAAAGUGAAGAGAUUGACGACACAGUGUGAGACCCUCGUAUCUGUGCCCGUUUUGGCACAAAUUAUUCUCAGCGCCUUUAUACUCUGCUUUAGUGGUUAUCGGCUACAGCAUAUGAAGAACAUGGAAAAUGUUGGCAUAUUAAUUAGCACAAUUCAAUUUGCUUCAGUGAUGAUUCUGCAAAUCUUCUUGCCCUGUUACUAUGGCAAUGCGGUAACUGAGUACUCAAAUGCUUUAACAAAUGAUAUCUUCAAUUCGGAUUGGACAACAUUUGAUGUACCGGCGCGCAAGUUUAUGAUAUUAUAUAUGGAACUUUUGAAACGUCCGGCAACUUUAAAGGCGGCCAACUUUUUCAAUAUCGGACUACCAGUUUUUGCGAAGACCAUGAACAACGCUUAUAGUAUUUUUGCGCUACUUCUUAAUAUGAAUAAAUAAAUAAAGUGUAAUAAAUAGUUGUAGUUUUCUUUCGGACCCCGAUAAUUUUGAUAUGUCUCGUAUUACUGGAAGAACGUCGUAACAUAAACUGACUUUUAUUUGACAGCUGUCAUUCGAAUUGCA